UAAAUGCUGAUUAUUUCCAUCCGCGAGGCGCCACUCAUCAUGAGUUCAUCAAUAGCUACUGCCGCUCCCAAAAAUACAUAUAGUCAUAGCCAUCUCUCAUUGGAAUGUAUGUAUGCGGGCGGCUAACAGAGAGAUCAGAGAGCGAGAGAGAUGGGAAGAAGAAAGCUAUCGAUACGGAGAUUGCAGAGUGGGAGAGAGAGGCAGGCGAAGUAUUCUCAGCGGAAGCAAGGCAUUCUCAGAAAAGCCAACGAUCUCGCUGUUCUCUGUGACACCGAUGUCUUGCUCCUCAUGUUCUCGCCCACCGGCAAGCCCUGCCUCACCGUCGGCCAAAAUAAAAAUCUGCUUACGGUCAUGGAGAGGUUAGCAAGCCUAUCCGUGGAUUAUCGAGAAGAAAGGGCUGCCUACACCUUGGAACUAUUAGCCAAAAUGCACAGGAGACUCAACUCCGAUGUGGAUCAAAAGAACUUCUCCCUCGACAGCAAUGAAAUCCUCCAACUGAAAAGAUCUGAAUUGGAACAGCUGAGAAGCCAACUAGCCGAAAAGAGCAAAGCUAUGAGGGACUGGAAGUUUCCAUCUACUGUCAAUGAUUUGGGACAAAUCCGGAGGAUGGAGAACUCUCUUUCUGAACUCAUGGUCAGAGUCAGAGCAAAAAAAGAGGGAAUUUCAAGAGCAAGAGGAGCUGCCGGAGUCAAGUCUUCCAUGAAGCCUUUCAGCCAAGAAUUGAUUCAGAGAAUGAAUGUUGCUGUGACUCUGAAGCAUCAGCAAGAGUAAAGUUUCUUACUUGCAUUAAUAAUUCUCAUGGACAUCUUAUGUGUUUGGAAGAGAAGUUAUGACAUGUUACUAUUUAAUGCUUUCUAGAAUGGUUUGGAGUUUGGAUUUCAUGCAGGGUAACAAUGGUAGAUCCUUGGAAGAACCAAAUAAAUGUUGGUUGAAUUGUUAAGCUGUGAAAAAAAUAAACGGGCCAGGCCGGGAUGAGCUCAGGCCCUCUUGAUUCGGGUUCGGACAGACUGGGAAUUUAAUUUUAAACCCAAUCCGGAUC